AUGGACACCUUUUAUCGCCACCGUGGACCAUCCACCACACGACAAGACUUUCGCGGAGGAGCUGGCCGCUUCAGAGGCUAUGGCCCUCGAGGAGGCUUUGGUAUCUUCAUCAAGCUGGGGGCUGUGGGAACACUUGGCUACUUUGUCGCCAGAAAGCUCAUGGACCAUCACCGGUCAGACUAA